AGCUGUUCGACAAGCGCUGCCCGGGCCUAGAUAUAGGCAGUACACCAAACAUGAAUUUCUUGAUGUUGGUCUGAUGGAGUACUUGCCAUUGUUUGGAAGCCUUGUUGGAAUAGCUGUAUUUGGAGCAUACUUCUACAGAAGAGCGCGCGUGGCCGGCACGGCGUGUGACUGCGCGGACCGUAUAGACGGCCGCGUGGUGCUCAUCACUGGCGCCAACUCUGGCAUCGGACUGCAGGUGGCCCGCGAGCUGGCGCUCAGAGGAGGUCGGGUGUACCUGGCCUGCCGCUCGCUGGAGGAGGCGCGUCACACCGCCUUCAGCAUCAUCAACGAGACGAGUAACACGUCGGUGCGUCCGCUGCAGCUGGACCUCAACAGCCUGGCCUCGGUGCGCCGGCUGGUCAGCGAGCUCCGACAGGCUGAGACUCGUCUGGAUAUUCUGGUGAAUAACGCCGGCUGUUUCUACUGCCCGCCGUCCCUGACCGAGGACGGAUUCACCGUCACCUUCCAGACCAACUAUCUAGGUCAUUUCCUGCUGACGCGCCUGCUGGCGCCGCUGCUGGUGCAGGCGGCCGCCGGCGCUCGGGUGGUAUUCGUCUCCAGCGCCGCGCACCUGACCGUCUCCCGGCUGGAGUUCGACUGCGCCGGCCGCGCCGCGCAGCCCGCCGGCGCGCCGCCACUACCUCCCGCCGGGGUGCCCGCCGAGCCGCCGGCCCGGCUCCAGUACCACGUGGCCGCCUACGGACAGGCCAAACUGGCACUGGCCGUGUUCGCAGCCGAGCUGGCCCGCAGAUUGAGGGGGAAGGACAUUUGUGUGAAUAGCGUGGACCCCGGUAAUGUCAACACCGACAUCUACCGGCACUACCGCGAACUAAACACCUUCCACGUCCGGCUGCUCCGGUGUUUUCUGAUGCGCACGCCCUCGGAGGGCGCUCAGACGGUGAUCCACUGCGCGUGCAGCUCCAAAAUCGACGGCGUCACCGGACAGUACUUCAAGGACUGCACGAUAGCCGACGCGAACCCUCUGGUACGGGACCGUGAGGUGGGUGAAGAACUGUGGCGGCUGAGCGACCGGUGGACGGGACUCAGCUCACUCUGAGCUAUCUGAGGGAUCUAGGAGACCGGUGAGCUCUCUCUGAACUGUGGACUCUCUACCACUGCAAUCGUGGGCGGAUCUCUACCUGCUGUGAGCUUAGUGGCGUGUGAGCGGAGCAGUCGUCGCUACAGUGACAAACUUUUGGUAUAGUGUGAUCUCUGGUAGUUGUGAUAGCAGACUCCCUGAAUCUCAGUGCUGUAUCGGCGUCUGAUAUAGCCGCACAGUAGCUCGCCAGACCGGCGAUAACCGCGGCUCCCCGUGAGUCCCUGCGCCGCUCAUCAUGUCGCCGAUCCACUGGCGCUCGUCGGACGGUGCCGUGGAGCGGACCCUGCUGCCGACCGAGGCGGACCGCUCCGCCGGCGGGGACGGUCCGCCUGAGCCGGCCGGCCUCUGCCAGCCCGGCGCCCGCUGUCGACUGCUGCUGGAGACGGAGCCCGACUGCCCGCCGCCGGCCGGUCUGGACCUCAGCGACCCCUCGGUGACCGCCUGGCUGCCGGCCGGCGCCGCUACUAUCGGAGAGGCCGACACGGAGCUGGACCGGCUGCUGGAGCGGUGUCUGCGCUCCCUGCGGCCCGCCGACCGCUGCCGGGUGGUGCUGCGCCCGCGGACAGACCGGCUGCCCGCCGCCGCGCGCGCCGCAGGGGAGGAGGCGGUGCUGACCCUGCGACUGACAGUACUGGAGGUGGAGGGCGGACGGCCGGACGCGCGGCUCUCACAGUCGGAGCGGCUGGCUGUCGCCGAGGCGUCCCGUCUCAGAGGGAACGAGCUGUUCGCGGCCGGCCGGGACGUGGACGCGCUGUACCGGUACCGACGCGCGCUGGCGCUGCUGGUCUAUAUACUCCCCGAGGGACUGAGUGAGGCGGAACGGGCGGCGGUCGCCAGCGCGCGGCUCGCCUGCCGCGCCAACCUGUCAGCCGUACUGCUGCGGCGCGGCCGUCACGAGGCAGCGCGCGCGGCGGCCUCCCGAGUGCUCAUUGAGCAGCCGAACCACGUGCGGUGUCUGUACCGGCGCGGCGCGGCGAACCUGGCGCUACAGGACCACGAGGACGCCGAGCGGGACCUGCGCCGGGUGCUGGAGCUGGACCCCGGCAACGCGGCCGCCACCCGGCAGAUGGCGCUGCUCGAUAAACGGAAACGCGACGUGGAUCAGCACACGGCCAACUUCAUGACAAAGUACUUCCAGCAGUAAGCCGCGCCGCCGCUGGUGUAUGGAUGGACCCUUUCACCGGCGUAAGUGGCCAGGGCUUUAUGGCCAUACGUAUGCACCAUUCGGGUGGUGGUGAUAGGGAGUGAACGCUCUCAGCAGAGCCAUGACAGACGACAUUGUAAGCUGCGCCGUCUCCCUGUUACGCUUAGUCGCCUAUUAUGCUGCCGUUAGGUCAGCGGUUGCGAUGGGAUCAGCGAUUUUGGGCUUCAACCGACCUGCUCGCAUGCAUAUGACAUUUCAGAAAAGGCGCCGGGCUUACAGCAGAUUAAUUAGCACCGUGUCGGUGCCAUUGUGGCCGGACUGGCUACCCGCAGUUUCUGAUGAUGUGCGGUGAGCUGGGCAUUGUUAUGGUCUGGAACGAACUGUUACGUCUGUACCUCACAGGACCGGCUAAUUCCUCCACCUCAGCCUGUGGUGAGUGCGGUGUUUGAUGCUGCCAGCGCUCUUCCAAUACGCGUUGUUAUACACAUAUGGGGCAUUGCUUUGUGAUAUAAUAAAGCAGUUUUGUGAUAA